AAUUUCAGCCCGGAAGACUUAGCAGGCGACGAUGAUGCGGUAAAACAACACGGGGAGUUUUCCUGUCUCACCGCAGGAAUGCCGGGUGGAGAGUAUGGGGAGCUCGGGGGCAGCCUUCCCGCCAUCGCCUCCUUGAACGCCUCCUACUCCACGUCCAUGUCCCUCCCGUCCCCGUACCUGCUGGUUCCCCCUGCGGAGCGCAAAGCCAUCUCCGACGUCCGCCGCACGUUCUGUCUCUUUGUGACCUUUGACCUCCUCUUCAUCUCCCUCCUGUGGAUUAUUGAGCUGAAUAUCUCCAGCUCUAUCUGGGACAGCUUGGAAAAGGAGGUGCUCCACUACAACUACAGGUCUUCCUUCUUUGACAUCUUUCUCCUUGCUUUGUUUCGCUUCCUGUGUCUACAAGUGGGUUACGCUGCUUUUCGGUUGAAGCACUGGUGGGUUAUUGCGAUUACCACUCUGGUGACCAGCGUCUUUCUUGUUGUAAAGGUCAUCGUGUCUAAUCUCCUGUCCCAGAAUGCCUUUGGCUACGUGCUUCCAAUCACCUCCUUCGUGGUGGCCUGGCUGGAGACCUGGUUCCUCGACUUUAAAGUUCUUACUCAGGAGGCUGAUGAUGAGAGAGCCUACCUAGCGGCGGUGAACGCAGCCUGUGAAAGAGCCCCAAUGAUCUACCCCCGAGCUGUUUCAGAUGGACAGUUCUACUCCCCUCCUGAGUCCAUGGCAGGCUCGGAGGAGGAUCUGGAUGAGGAGGGGCUUGGACGCAGAGCCGUCACUGCACAGGAGAAGGAGUUUGUCCGACAGGGUCGUGAGGCCAUGUCUGUGGUCGAGCAGAUCCUCGCUCAGGAGGACAACUGGAAGUUUGAGAAAAACAAUGACAUGGGAGACUCCAUCUACACGCUGGAGAUUCCCUUCCAUGGAAAGACUUUUAUUCUCAAGGCCUUUAUGCAGUGUACAGCUGAGCUUGUGUAUCAGGAGGUGAUUCUGCAGCCGGAGAAGAUGGUCCAGUGGAAUAGAACAGUUUCAGCCUGUCAGAUCCUUCAGAGAGUCGAUGACAAUACGCUGGUGUCGUACGAUGUCUCCGCUGGAGCUGCCGGGGGAGUCGUGUCUGCUCGGGACUUUGUUAAUGUUCGGCGGGUGGAACGCAAACGGGACUGCUACCUGUCUGCUGGCAUGGCAACCGACCAUGACGCCAAACCUCCGAGUGGUCGCUAUGUCAGGGGAGAGAACGGCCCAGGAGGAUUUGUAGUCCUUAAAUCCAGCAGCAACCCAUCAGUCUGCACCUUCAUCUGGGUCCUCAACACAGACCUGAAGGGCCGACUGCCUCGCUACCUCAUCCAACAGAGUCUGGCUGCCACCAUGUUUGAAUUCAUGACUCAUUUACGCCAACAUAUCGCUGAGCUGCGGCCAUCUCUCCGCUCCCACCACCACAUUUGAACCAGGAGAGAACUUUUUUCUUUUAAUGAGCCCUUAGAAAAGGGGCUGAGAAAGACCCCAGCUUCUUAGCUGAAGGGAUGAGCUGCCUGUAGCUGAGGGGACUACUUUUUCACUCAUAGGAGAUUGAUGACCGUACAUUCACCGCAUUUCUGUUGCUGAAGAUGAGGAAUUCAGUCAUCAAAGACAAUUUAUGAUUUUAUGUGGAUUUAGAGUUGUUCUUCUGGGUCUCACCCUGCAACGAGAACUAUGUGUCCUGAUCCUGCCAGCUCAUUUUGUUGCAGGGUGGACAUUUCUGACAGAGGAAAACAUGGAGGAAGGUAGAAGUGAUUCUCGCUGAGUGGGCAUCUGUUUCACUUGUUAUAGAAGCAGCUGUCUUUCUGAGCCUUAUCUUACUGCAUUCUUUGCAAGCCUUUUUUAUGUAAGUCUUCACCUUUUUUCUGUUUGUUUUGUUUUUUGCCUUCUUGGUUUAUAUUUGUGUCACUGUAUCAUCUUAAGCAUGCCAUAGUGCACCUGCUUUAAUACAAAACUACACUUAACAGCCAUGUUCCCUGAAAUUUAAAGGGGAAAAAGCCCAUUUCACACAGUUUACUCUGCUUCCCUACAAUGUGAAACAUGGGGAACUCAGUCGCACUGUUAUGCUGGCAAAUUACCACUGGAGGGAGACACCACUGAUGUGUGCUGUGAAAGCAGAUUAAUGGGUGUAGAAAUCCAUGGCUAACAUGUUCAACUUAGGGAGGGUGUUUUCACAUGAAACCAGAAACGAGGCCACAUCAAGAGGCUGUAAGAAAUGCAUUAUCAAGCUCAGCUCUGGGAAAUGAUGAUCUUCAUAAAUUAGGAUACUGUAUUCUCACUAAAGCACUCUUUUGUGCCAAUAACCUCAAGUGUCCUUGUAUUAAAAAAAGCAGAACUGAUUUGCCAUCAAACACGAUUACUGUUUACUCGUCUAACUUCAUUUGGCUUGUCUUGCUUCAUCCCUCGGGCCCUAAGAAGUGAGGUUUUUCUGCCAGCUCUGAUAUUACACAGCGUUACAUUGUUUUUAAUCAUAUAAAUGUGUUGCUUGUAAAGUUUGUUUUAUUUCAGCAUGUGCACUUCAGAAUGUCAUUAUUUCAUAUAGAAACUCCCAGAAGGAUUUUGACAUAAAAAUGUGUGGAGAAGUUCACACGAUGAAGGAAUAGUUAUUGGCUGAAACAUGAUGCUGUCAGUGACAAUUGGUCUUUUAUGUCGGAUCACACUCACGAGUCAGUGGUGAAGAGUCUAAAUGGUGAGCAUAGGCAUGUGCUUGUGCCGCAGUUAUAGUUACAAAUUCUUUAUAGUGGAGUUACUGGGCUCUGACUGGACAUUUCCAGGUCUGAUUUUAGUUUCACACUAUAAAGAGAGAAUGUAAAAUUAAGAUUAUCCAUGUUAUCAACAAGUACGUGCCUUUAUAUCACACUUGCAUUACAUGUUAGCCUGCCUUUUUGCUUUGCAUUUUUUAUGGUAUUUAAUCAAUGCUUAAUGCAUUCAGUGAAGAUAUAAUGCUUGUAAUAAUUCAUUUUUUUCCAUUUCAUAAACUGUUUGAAUGUAUCUAAAAACAUUUAGCAAUUAUGUUAAUUUAAAGCCAUCACACACAGAAAUACUGACCAACACUUUUUGAGUCUUAACCAGUGUCUUAUGUCUAAUAAAAUAUAUAAACUCA